AUGAAGAGAAAAGAAAGGACAAAAGUCAAGUACAGUAAACUAGUCAGCAUUUCAAAUGACAGAGAAGAUGAGUAUCAUGACGACCAGUUCACAGAAAACAGUCCAGUUAAGAUACCUGUUCGUUCCAUAGUCUUGGCCACGUUCCUCUUUCUUGUUGGUAGUGUGUUACUUAUAUUGGCUGGUCUAUUGAUUGGUGGAGUGUUUGGUGAUACACCUGAUGCUAGUUCAGCCCCUCUACUACUAAUAGGCUCCAUUACGUUCAUUCCUGGUUUUUAUCAUGUCCGGCUAGCGUAUUAUGCAUGGAAAGGCUACCAUGGUUACUCAUUCAGUGACAUACCUAGUUACGAUGACUGA